CCCGGCUUAAUCUCCAAAUAAUCGAGCCCCAGCCGCCAUCUCGUUGUCAAGUCAAUCUCCAUGAAGUCAUCAAGAGCACAAUACGUAGGGUUUCUACUCUUCCUCAUCGGCAUUCUCCGAUGCAAAGCCUUGGUUCGUCACACGUUCGUGGUUGAAGAAACGCCGUACAGGAGAUUAUGCAGCACGAAGAACAUCCUGACGGUGAAUGGGCAAUUUCCCGGGCCGACUCUAUACGUGCACAAAGGCGAUACCAUCAUCGUUGAUGUCUAUAACAAGGCAAAAUACAACAUCACCAUUCACUGGCACGGCGUGAGGCAACCGAGAUAUCCGUGGUCUGAUGGACCAGAAUACAUAACCCAAUGUCCAAUACAACCCGGAGCUAAGUUUAGUCAAAAAGUGAUAUUCUCCACAGAAGAAGGGACCUUAUGGUGGCACGCUCAUAGUGAUUGGUCAAGAGCCACCGUUCAUGGAGCCAUUGUUAUUUAUCCCAAAAAAGAUUCGACCUACCCUUUUCCAAAACCCGAUGCUGAAGUGCCUAUCAUAUUAGGAGAAUGGUGGAAGAAACCGAUAAUGGAGGUGUAUAAUGAAAUGCUCAGAACCGGAGGAGAUCCAAAUGUUUCCGAUGCCUAUACCAUCAAUGGUCAACCGGGAGAUCUAUACCCAUGCUCAAAGCAAGAUACAUUCAAACUGAGGGUUGAGCAAGGCAAGACGUACUUGCUGCGAAUAAUCAACGCGGCCAUGCAAGACCUCCUCUUCUUCUCCAUUGCCAAACACAGCGUCACCGUCGUCGCGACAGACGCGAGCUACACUAAGCCACUAACGAGAGAUAUCAUCACAAUAUCCCCCGGUCAAACCAUCGACGUCCUCCUUAAAGCCAACCAAAACCCCGACCACUAUUAUAUGGCCGCUAGGGUUUAUUCCAGUACGUUCAAUGUGACUUUCGAUAACACAACCACCACGGCCGUGGUGGAGUACUCCGGAAAGUACGCUCCCACCUCGCCGCCUCCUUUGCCGCGACUUCCUUAUUACAAUGACACUUCCGCAUCGGUCAAUUUCACCGGCAGCCUCCGCAGCUUAGCAAGCGACAAGUACCCCGUCGACAUCCCCAGGAACAUAACCAACCAUUUCAUCUUCACAGUCUCUGUGAACUUGUUCCUUUGCCCAAACAAUUCCUACGCGUGCCCCAACGGGGCACGUCUCGCCGCAAGCCUGAACAACAUAAGCUUCACAAACCCCUCGAUCGACAUCCUCCAAGCUUAUUAUUAUGGCAUCAAUGGCGUGUUCGGAGCCCGUUUCCCCAGCUUUCCACCGUACGUCUUCAAUUUCACGGCCGACGUCUUGCCGUUGAGCUUGGAGACGCCAAAGCGCGGGACGGAGGUGAAGGUAUUGAAGUAUAACUCGACCGUGGAGCUUGUCUUCCAGGGGACGAACUUGGUAGGCGGGACCGAUCACCCGAUGCAUCUGCAUGGAUAUAGCUUUUACGUCGUUGGCUGGGGAGUUGGGAACUUCGACAUCAAGAAGGAUCCUUUGAAUUAUAAUCUAGUGGAUCCACCUUUGCAGAACACCAUUGCGGUGCCGAAGAAUGGAUGGGCUACGAUCAGAUUUAGGGCGGACAAUCCUGGAGUGUGGUUCAUGCACUGCCACAUAGAGCGGCACAUGGUGUGGGGCAUGGACACAGCGUUCAUCGUGAGGAAUGGAGUUCCCCCGAACACCCACUUGCUGUCGCCACCACCGGACAUGCCACCUUGUUGAAACACCUUCGAUUGCUGUCCACUUUGGGGGGAGACCUGAUGAAGACAAUUU